UCGGUAAAGCGAGAGAACUUGUAUUAAUUUUCUUUUAUAAUCAAAAUAGCAAAUUUUACUCUAAUAAUCAACUAAAAAUUGUUGUAAAUGAAGUGAAAUAUUUGUAUAUCAAUUAAGUUAUAUAGAACAGACGCUAUUGUUCAAGUUUGAUCAAUUAUUUAGCGAGAAAAAUGUAAACAAUUCUUGUUGACGACGUGUAUUCAUUAGCGCAUGGAAAUAUUGGUGCAAAGUGCUUGCUCGUAAAUAGAAGUAAUAUUUUAAUUUUGAGUGACCGUGAAAUCAAGUUAUACAGGGUGGCGAAUUUGCUCUGAAUAUGUUUUAGAUUCCGUGGCUAUUAUAUGGACAUUUUCUGCCGUUUUCUUCCCAAAAAUUGCGCAUCAAAAUGGACAUCAAUUAGUGCAAGAAAGUUGGGUGGAAUUACGAAUUUGUGGAUCUGGUGACGCAAUGUUUCCAAACGAGAGAAACCACAUUGAUGCCAUCUUAAAAGCACCUGCAUUUGAAAGGUCUUUUUAAACAGAUAAACGCGAUAAAUUCACUACAAGCCGAGUCAAAAGUCUUCUUUAAAUACGGCAGCAAAGUAAAUACUUUUCAUGAAGGUUUUAUGUGCAAGUGGUUAACAAAGUUUUUGGUAGUUUUUGGGGGCUCAAUUUAGAAAAUGGAGACACCAACGACCAGAAACAGGUUACGGCCUUCUCACGUUCCUACACCGAAAAUGUCGGAACGUAAAAAGAGCCUGUUCUCCUCGACUUCGAAGCAGCCGAAUGACAUUCAUUCAAAUAAUCGAAUGAAACCCGAAAUGCACAUUUUGGAUGGAAUGAUGCCAUUAGAUUUCGAGUCUGCGAUCCACGUCCAAACCAGCUUGAAAUCAUGUCUUCGGCCCAAAGUAAAAAAGUUGUCCGGCAGCGUCACCGACAUCCUCAAAUCAAACGAUCGUAUUCCACUCAGUGUUUUAUGCAAUUCAAAUACGGCUACAGAAAUACGUCAUUCACCACGAGUAAAAAAAUCCCCAAAAAGGUAUAGCCCGACUAGGAGUCCGGUAGUAUUAAAAACGCCUAGUCCUAGUUCAGGGAAGCAGAACUGUUUAGACGAAGAUUUAGGGGAUUUACUCAAAGACACGCUUCACUUGAGAUCACGAAGAGGACCAAAAGUAAGACGCGACAGCGAUGAUAACGUUACGGAUGAAGAAAUUUCUGAAAUGAUGUCCCCAUUGUCUCAUAAACGCCACCAGCAAAAAUCAAGCCAAUCACCUAACAAUAGCCCGAAAGCAAAACAACCGAAAAUCGACCCCCCAUCAUCCACUACGACACCAACAAGCAGCAGAAAAUCAGGAGACCCUAACUCGAACACAGACAGCCCAAGUACAAAUAAAAAUUAUAUUACGUCCAUUGAACAGUUUUCAAUUCCUGCCAAGACGUUCUAUUCAUCACACAACAAAUCGCCAAAUACUUCUCCAAAGUCAACGAAAGCCCGAUUUUCAUUACCACUCCUCAAUCAAGCCAAAUCCUCCCUCCAAUCAUCUGGAAAGAAAUCCAAAUAUAAACCUCGCAACGAUGUACGCCUGGCAAAGCAUGUCUCCCACAAAGUACCUCGGCCUAAAUUCAAGCCGACCCCACAAACCGUAGACACAAUUCUUCAGUCACUAAACGGCGAAAAAUUCAAAAAACUCCUCGAAAAUCGCAUGUACAAAAAGAAAGCCGAAGAAGUGCACAAAAUCAUGAAAUCGAAUGCAAAUCCAAUCGAGAAAUCGCGUCCAUUAAAUACUAAUGGGGAUGCGAAUGCUGACGACGAUCUGUUUUCAGAUUGUGAAGAAGACGACCAAAUGGACGUGGUUGAACCGCAAGUAGAAAGGUGCGAAUCUAGAACCAGCACCGUUUGCGAUGAUGACGAACUCGAGGAAGAGGAGGAGAAUGCGCCGAUACGAAGGAAAUUCUUUAAGAGCAGAAACAAAACUAGCCGCAAUGCAUUCACGAUAAAUAAUGUGAGAGGAACUGUUACCAAGGGACGCGUUUCUUUGCUUCCUAUGCCUGAUGUUCGUGGAAGAAAAAGGUCAACGGGAUUAACGAAAACGAAACUCGAUUUUACCAAUGAACAAGCUGCCGUCAAUGAUAUCAUUGAAUGGUUGGGCGAUGACUCGCCAUUGGGGAACACUCCUCCCGCAACUGUUUCCAACGACAUCCCUACAACUCUACAUGAAGAUGAAUUUCUAGAAUUUCGGAAACGUAUCCCGUACAAAGCAACUGACCCAAUUGCCAUAGAACAGCAAGAGCUUCUCCUUGAUUUUCUUAUCUCGUACAAUAUAUGCAACGAACGUAAUUUUGAAAUUUUCAUAAUGGAUCCAGAAAACCAUAAGGAAGAAGCUGCGAAAAUUAUAGACAGUUUGAUAACAGUUGCACCAACAAAAGAUUCUUCUCUGGAAAGUGGAAAGGACGAGGAAGAUAUGAUGUCAGAAAUGUCGGAAUCGAUCGUAUUAAACUUGACUGAUUCACAGGAAGCCAAUACUUUCCGACAACGACUUCCAUACAACACAAAUGAUCCUGUUGUAGCAGAACAACAAAAAACACUGCUUGAAUUUUUAAUUAAAAAUCAAAUCUGUAACGAAGAAAACUUCCGAAUUUUUAUCGCUGAACCCGAGAAACAUCGUGACAAGGCGUCAAAGAUCCUGCAAAAUUAUAUGGUACCUAGUAACAUAGAUAUCCCGAAUGAACCCAGAACUGUUCUGCAGAAUCACGUCAACAACUGCAUGGGUAUUGAUCCCUUUUCAGUGGCAGCUGAACUUCCUUCAUCAAAUGUAGCUGAUAUUACGUUCGAGACUUCACACACCACGCUUGAAUCAAUGAUGUCCGACGAUGACGACAGCCAGUGGCGUCCCCUCUCUCCAACAAUUCCUUUACAACAGCCCCAAGAGGAAGAUACUGAAAACAGAAGCAAUAACCAAAACGACCCGAAACUUUUCCCGAUUUUCUAUUCAGCGAAAGUGAAGCCGAUCAACACACAAUCAACUCGGAAGAAGUCUCCAAAAUCAUUUUUGGGCGGAUUCGGAUUGAACCAAUAUCAAAUCGAUGCUGGACAAAAGGAAUUUGGGGCAAAGCAAUGCACGAAAUGUGGUCUGGUGUACACAGUUCAUGAGCCAGAGGAGGAAAAACUGCAUGCUAUAUACCAUCGGUCACUGAACAUACUCAAGUUCAAAGGAUGGAUUGAUGAGGAUAUUGUGAUGAAUUUGCCGGAAUGGGGCCCGGGAGGACGAAUAAUUCGACUUACCCACAAUGUUCAUCCGAAACGGAUGGAAAGGAUCGUGGAUAUUUUGAAUAUAAUAGAUAAGGAGUUGGGAAUUGUGUCAGACAUGGUUCCAACACCGUUUGUGGCUUUCUUGGCGGUUCGACGAAACGAGAUCGUUGGGUUUAGUCUUGUUCAGCCGAUCAAAUCAGCGAACAGAUACGUUUGCCUAAACGGCGUGGAUUGCUGCACGGAAGAGUCUUUCGAAGCGAAAUGUGGUAUUAUGCGAAUUUGGGUCUCACCGCUCAAUCGUUGUCAAGGAAUCGCCUCAAAACUUACUGAAGUUAUUCGCACGUCAACCUUCCCUGGAGUGGAAUUGCCGAUGAGCGACAUAGCAUUCAGCUCGCCAACCCACGAUGGAAUAUUGUUUGCACAGAAAAUAACAAAGCGUAAGGAUUUUCUAAUGUAUCAAAGUUUCUGAAUAUAAGUUUGCAAAUCAUGUUAGUAGCUAUUAUAGCUUUAUAUAUGGUAGAUGGAGAACCAACCUCCAUCAAUUACAAGUUAGAUUUUUUAUAUAUACAAAAGAGAAAGCUUAUAGCAAUAUUUUUAAUGUUUUUAGUGAUGAAGAACAGAGAAUUGAAUUUCCUAUUACCAUUAUAGUAAGAAGUUUAUGUAAAAUUUAUAAAUAAGAUGUUUUUUUUUCUUGAAAUAUAAAACCGUUUCUGCGGGAA